UUUGCGCAUGCGCUCUGAACACUCGUCUCGCUGCUGAAAUUCAGACGGCCCCACCACGAGUGAGUUCAUCUUGGAAAUAAUCCAUUAAAUUGCGCAGUAUUUCAGUUUUUGGCGGCUUGUGGACGUCGUGUGUGCUCACCGCUCCGGGAUGACGGCAGAAGUUUGCUCCGCUGGACGCUUUUCUUCGUAAAUCUUGACAGAAACGAAGGGCGACCCGUGGCCUCCCCAGAUGUGGCCACUACCUCUGCUGAGACUCCUGUUCAUGAACGGCGGCGGCGCUUCGAUCGAGCGGCUGUGGCUCGGCCUGGAGGGAUGACACGACGUCAGCCGACAUGGAGACGGGGGAGACACGCAGGAAGCUGCAGACGCCACAUUUGCUAGAAUCUCCCUGUUGGAUCCUCUCAGGACGAGACUGAACUCUAUUUUCAUACAGAUACUUUUUACUUGGAGCAGUUUUUUUUUUUUUGUUCGUUGUUGUGAAGCCAUACCAGAGUAGAUGUCAGGAUGAGCUCGGAGGGUUUUCAGUACCGAGCGCUGUACGACUACAAGAAGGAGAGGGAGGAGGACAUCGACCUCCACAUCGGGGACAUGCUGCUGGUCAGUAAGGGGGCGCUGCUCGCACUCGGCUGCACCAACGGAGCCGAAGAGCGACCGGCCGAGAUCGGCUGGUUGCCCGGGUUCAACGAGACCACGCAGGAAAAAGGCGACUUCCCGGGAACGUAUGUGGAGUUUAUCGGCAGGAAGAGGAUGUCCCCGCCCACCCCCAAGCCCCGCCCACCCAGACCGCCAUCUGCAGCGUCGGCGAGGACCGACUCGGAGUCAGAGGGGUUCGUGCUGCCGGACCUACCCGAACAGUUCGGACCCCCAGACACGGCCCCGCCCCUCCUCAUCAGACUGAUGGAGGCCGUGGAGACCAAAGGUGUGGACAGUCCUAACGUGUACCGUGGUGUGAGUGGGGGGGGUGUGGACACGCGGCAGCUGGCUGAUACCGACCUGGAGCAGCUGGAGGUGUCGUCCCUCUGUGACGGGGUGCUCCGGUUCCUGCAGGAUCUCCCCGGCCCGGUCCUGCCCCCCUCGCUGCAGUCCGACAUGAUCCACGCCGUGCAAGAGGUCCGAGACCUGGAGGACUGCGCCCAGGUACUUCGGGGCGUGGCCAGCUCGCCCUCAUGCCCCGCCCAGUACGGCCUGACCCUGCUCAGCGUGGUCCGACACCUGGCCCGGCUCAGCCUGCACAGCUCCAGGAACCAGCUGAGCCCCCACAGCCUGGCCGAGACCUUCAGCCCCCUGCUGUUCAGGCAGACCCCGGGGUCUGAGUCGUCUCUGGAUCCUCUGGUCCAGGUCCUGGACGUUCUGAUAACCAGCGAGCUCAACAUGAACCAGGCUGCACCAGCUUUGCCUCCUAAACCCGUGAAGCCUUCGACUCCAGUUCCUUCCAGUAGUUUUAACAACAGCAUGGCUCUGCAGGACGCCGAGUGGUACUGGGGAGACAUUUCCAGGGAGGAGGUGAACGAGAAGCUGAGAGACACGGCCGACGGUACGUUUCUGGUCCGAGACGCCUCCACCAAGAUGCACGGAGAUUACACCCUGACUCUGAGGAAAGGAGGCAACAACAAACUGAUAAAGAUCUUCCAUCGGGAGGGGAAGUACGGCUUCUCCGACCCGCUGACGUUCAGCUCGGUGGUGGAGCUCAUCAACCACUACCGGCACGAGUCUCUGGCCCAGUACAACCCCAAGCUGGACGUCAAGCUGCUCUACCCGGUCUCCAAACACCAGCAGGACCAGGUGGUGAAGGAGGACAGCAUCGAAGCCGUGGGCAAGAAGCUGCACGAGUAUCACCUGCAGUACCAGGAGAAGAACCGCGAGUACGACCGCCUGUACGAGGAGUACACCAGAACCUCGCAGGAGAUCCAGAUGAAGAGGACGGCCAUCGAGGCGUUCAACGAGACCAUCAAGAUCUUCGAGGAGCAGUGUCAGACGCAGGAGCGCUUCAGCAAGGAGUACAUCGAGAAGUUUCGCCGGGAGGGCAACGACAAGGAGAUCCAGAGGAUCAUGGAGAACUACGACAAGCUCAAGUCUCGGAUCAGUGAGAUCGUGGACAGCAAGAACCACCUGGAGGUGGACCUGAAGAAACAGGCCGCCGACUACAGAGAGAUCGACAAGAAGAUGAACAGCAUCAAACCAGACCUGAUCCAGCUCCGCAAGACCAGGGACCAGUACCUCAUGUGGCUGACGCAGAAAGGAGUCCGACAGAGGAAACUCAACGAGUGGCUCGGCCUCAAGAACGAAACCACCGAGGAUGAGUACAGCAUGGUGGAGGACGAGGAGGACCUUCCUCAUCACGACGAGCGUCUGUGGCGUCUGGGAAACAUCAAACGGAACCAGGCCGAGUCUCUGCUGAGAGGGAAGAGGGACGGGACCUUCCUGGUCCGGGACAGCAGCAAACCGGGCUGCUACGCCUGCUCCGUGGUCGUGGACGGAGAGGUGAAGCACUGUGUCAUCAACAAGACCAGCACCGGCUACGGUUUCGCCGAGCCCUACAACCUGUACGGCUCCCUGAAGGAGCUGGUGCUGCACUACCAGCACACCUCGCUGGUCCAACACAACGACUCGCUCAACGUCACGCUGGCCUUCCCCGUCUACAGCCAGCAGAGACGGUGACCCCCCGGAGUCACCCACCCCCAGAGUCACCCCGCGGACCAGGACCCGAAAUAACACCACAUGAAGCUUUAACUUCCUUCCUGGGAGGUCAGAGAGUUAACUUCCUCGUCUCAGGUCGAGAUCACAUGGGAAACUUUGAGCUCUGGAAGGUUUGACCGAAGCUCUGAGGACACAUGGUCUGGGCAUUAUUCUGAUAUUUCAAGUUUGUUUUCAAAACCAGAAAAAAAACUUUUUAUUUACUAAAAAAGUAAAAUAGAAACAUUUUAUCGUGUAGUCUAAAAAAAAGUUCAUGUCAGACUUAACGUUGUUUCUCCUGAGGGGAUUUAUCGCCCUUGAGUGAACCAGGGAGAGGUCUCCAUGGUGACCACUGGUCCAGGGAGCGAUCUCCAUGGCGACCACUGGUCCAGGGAGCGGUCUCCAUGGCGACCACUGGUCCAGGGAGCGGUCUCCAUGGUGACCACUGGUCCAGGAAGUGGUCUCCAAUGUGAACAAAAACUACUUCUUUAAAAACAUGUUUUUCUACAAAAACGUUUUCAUGUACCAAACAACUUCUUCUUUUUCUACUACAACAUCUUGUGCAAAAACUUCUUUUAUAUUAAUCUAAUAACCACAAGUUUCUUCUUUAUUUUUCUUUCCUGGUUUGUGUUUUCAUCCAUUAAAGGGCCAAAGGUAAAUUUAUUUUUGUUUUUUUUAAAUUUAAAAUCGAAACAACUCUUAUUUAUUUAGUUUUUAUUUUAGAGUAAAACCAAACUUGAAAUAUCUUAAAGUGCAAGGACAUCUUUAAAGGAAGAAACAUUUCCGUUUGUCGGUCUCAGUGAGGAAAGGAGGAGAAACAUUUCCUGAGGAUUGAAAGCAAAUAUCCGGUGGAUUAAGUAGUGAACCAUGGAUUUCUUUUUGACUUGGAACGCUUUUCAUUUCCGUACAUUUCACGCGGCAACAAGAUGGCCGACGUGUCUCCACUUCCUCCUUCGUCCCAUGUGAUCACGACCUCGCUGUGUUUCCUCUGUGGAGAAACUAGGUACCGAACUAAAGACGCCUCCUUAACAAGACACGGCUCACCAAGACUGAAACUAGAAGCAUGAUGAUGAUGAUGUCAGAUGGAUAAUAGUGGACGGAUAAGAACAAGAGUCUGGUUAUAAACACUGUGACUCUGAACGAGGUUUAGACUGAGGACUAACCGACCUCAUCCAAAGACUGGACGCCCUCCUCCAAGUCCUCCUCCAUCCUCCUGGUCUUCAGGUUUAAUUCAGGUCGCCUGUUUGUGUUUUAAAGAGAACGGACGACUUCCUUCGUUUCUUUCUUUUCGUCUCUCGGCACAAAGAUCCACUCAGUGCUGGAUCAAAACAAAACUGUGAGACUUUGAAAUAAAAAUGGGAAAAAAAGGAAAAUCAGGAAUGACGGGAACUGGAUCUUCUCGAUCUUUGUGCAUUUUAAGCUCAGUUUCUUGAACUCAUGGACAAACAUUGUUGUUUAUCCACUUUUUCUUGUUAUUGUGACUCGUUUUCAGAGCUGGUAACUUCCUCCCCUGCUGCUUCGAUGCUUUCACAAUCAGCAAAAACAUUUAGACAUGUCUUCUUUUGUUUUGUUUUUCUUUUACAGAUAUUCUGUGUUACCACUGGUCGAUUCUGUUACAGAGGAACAACUCUCUGGAAGUUUUAAACCAAAGUGGUUGGAUAUAAACAUGAAAAUGAUUCAUAUCAGUCGGUAAAAACUGCUGAACGGUUUAACUUCUCAGAUCAAAUGCCUUCACAUGUUCAAAUUAUCUUCAGAAUUAAGAAUUAAUCUGAAGUCAGUUUUCUUCUAUUAAGGUGAUUCUCAGUCUCAAUACCACUGCAUUCAGUUUUAGGACAAUUGUGUUGAAGAACCAGAAUUGGUUUAUUCAACCAACAGCCCAAAAUCCACAGACUCUAGGCCAGUCCUUUGGUUUAAUAAUAAAAACGAAGUGCAGGAUGACUCAUGUGUUGGGUCUCAUGGUGUAAGGCUCAUCAUAUAAAAUAGCCCUGAAAAAAACAAGGAUUAACUGUCUAAUUAGUUGUGAAUAUGUUUCCUGUUUGGUUGUUUCACUAAUUAUAGUUUCAGUUGUUUUAUUACAUUUGCAUUAAACCACAAAAGCUGCUGAAGAAGCUGCAACUAGAGAACUGUCUGGACAUUUGCCUUUAUGUUUGUCACUGGGUUUGCUCAACUGAUGGUAAAUAACACAGAAAAGAGAUUAAUUAUCCUCUAAAGUGAAGUAAAGAUGCAUCACCCCCACAAAUUUAUCCCAAGGUCACAUGACUGAAGGAAAUAUUAUUCUUUUGAAGCACUCCUAAAGUUUGGUAAUCUUUCACAAAAUAAAAAUAAACAUAUUUAAUAGUACAAAAAAUGAAGUAAAGUAUGAUCCUCCUACAAAGUAAAAGAGGAGUGAGCCCAAUAUUGAGCCUUGAGGAGCUCCACUACUACAAACACUGUUUAUGCUUCAUGUUUGUCACCAGUUAUCGUUAAUGCCUGAAGAUUAAAACACAGAUACACUCAAAGUUUCAAAGAUUAAAAGUGACUGACAGAGGGGAACAGAAAGGAAAUUGUCGUACAAGUUUUCAAAGGAAUUUUGGGCUUGUUUUAGGGAUUAUGUUCUUUCAAUUCACAGAAUCUUUGUUUAGGUUUAAUUGUGCAGCGUUUGUGGUCCAUAGACAUUAUUUUUUUAUAUCCCUGAUCAUUUCCACAUGUUCUUGGUUUUCAACCAUUAUGAACUAAAGCUUAAGUUCAUGUAAAAGCAUCACAUAGUGUUAAUUUUUCUUCCCAGCUGUUUAUAGAUGAUGAAAUUUCUCUGUGUGGUGCCAUAAAAACCUUUUGAAAAUUUCACAUCCCAACAUUUAUUCAUUUCUGAGCCACGUGAACGUGUGACCACUCGGGACCCAAACCUCUUCAUAAAGCCUGUAUUUUCUGUAUCAGAAAUCAUUCCUCUUCUGUUUUUAUUUUAUUUUAUUGUAUUUACUUCUCUCUUUGCUUCUUGCUCAUGCUCUUCAUGUCAGAAUCAGGGAUAAUAAAACUCCUGAAUCUCUUCAAAAA